GGAUGUUGGAAGGUUAAGCGGGAAUUUUCGGUGACAAUUAUUGAGUUUUUCAAACCAGGAAGAUAAUUGUGACCAUUUCAAACUCAGAACGUAUUCCAAUAAGACAGAUGUAGAACCCGAGGAACCGCAGUUCACUCAUUCUACAACACGAAGUUUGCAGUUUGAAGAUGGAAAUCUGUCGUGACACCAGUGGGAUUGAUGGCGAGAGUAUUCUAUGCGUAUGUCAUGUCACUAUCUACAUCUUAUUCCUCCUAGAGUCCGUGUGAAAAGCAAGCGGGAAAACUCCCUAUCCUCAGACUGAUUCUACUACCACAAAAGCAUAGUACGGGAAACUUACAGUUUGCUGCCUCUUCCAAACAAAGAUUUAGGUUAAGACUAAGUGGUUUCACUACCCUUGGGAUGCUCGUCAAGCGACAGACCAAAAGUAUGGAAGCACCUCUUGUUAUGCGUGUACUUGCUGCCUCUGUAACCUUAGCGGAGAAGGCCAGCUCUUUAAUUCGUACAGUGUAUGCCUCCAAGGACCUUGCAAUUGUUGACAAAGGAGUUGAUGAUUUACAAUCUAGAGCUGAUAGAGAUUCUCAAAGAUGCGUUGUACAGUCAUUACGUAAAGUUUUCCCUGGUCUUCAUAUUAUCGGCGAAGAAGGAGACUUGGAUCCUGGAAACGUCCCUGAAUCCAGUGAAUUAAGUCCAGAAGUUCUUAAGCAUCAGUGUCCUCCGCAAUUGAAUUCUCUGUCAAUGGAUGAUAUCGUGGUUUGGGUAGAUCCACUGGAUGGCACCAAAGAAUUCACUGAAGGUCUCUUGGAGUAUGUCACAGUUCUUAUAGGAGUCUCAGCUGGAGGGAAACCUGUAGGAGGUGUAGUCGCUCAGCCUUUCUACCAUACCAACACAGUCGCGAAUGGAAGCGCACCACAGUACGUAACUCGAGUCGUAUGGGGACUUGUAGGUCUUGGGAUAUUUGGGAUCAAUCCUAAAUUGCCUUCCUCGCAACUGCCAUAUCCAAUCAACCAAAGCGCUCCAAAACUAUCUUUACCACAUGCUAUUGUGGUUACUCGGUCUCAUCGAUCUCCUGCACAUGACAUCGUAAACAAUGCAUUCUAUCCCACUGAAACUGUUCGUGCUGGAGGAUGCGGUUACAAAGUUCUUAUGCUGCUAGAAGGACGUGGUCAUGUUUAUGUCUUCCCUAGUCAAGGGACCAAAAAGUGGGAUACAUGUGCACCGGAAGCUGUCCUCCUGGCAUCUGGAGGCAAGUUAACAGAUAUACUUGGACAGUCUUAUUACUAUGGUCUCAAUGCAAAACACGAAAAUGUUAGAGGUAUACUGGCUACCCCUGUUGCUGAUUGGCUUCCAGCUUAUGUUGCAUGCUUACCAAAAGAAAUAGUUGAUGAUUUCUCUGCUCGUGAUUAACUGUUGUUACAGAUUAUCCUGUCUCAGUCAACUACUACACAUAUCUAUGUACGUCGUUUCCUAUUUUGUAUUCUGUAGUCAGACGUUAUUCCUCACUUAAAAAAUAACAUUCACAUAUAGUAGGUUUUUCACUAACCACAUCAGGUGCAAAUAUGCACAGCUGAUUGAGAUUCGCUAUUUUCCAAUCACUGAUUAUUCUUAAAUCAAAGAUGACUUCAAAAAUAUAACUUUUCCUGCUGUGUUUC